AGGGACUCAUCUUCAUUCUGUGUGUUAUUUUACCAUUUCUACAUGUCUAAGGUAGAGUUGACCAAAACUGGAUGGAAGGAAUAGAAAAACGUUUGCAGGAUUUAGAAAAAUCCAACAAGGAACUAAAGAAUGAAAACUCCAAUCUCAAAGGAGAAAUAAAAGACAUUAAAGGACUGCUGACAAAAAUUCAAUGGGAAAAUAUUGCUUUAAAGUUGAAUUUGAUUGACCUAAAAAGAACUAUUGAUACGGAUGUUUUGAAUGUCGGAGGUCAAGCACGUUCUCCGGGCAAAGCUCAAAGCACGAUAAACGGUAGAAUAAAUGAAACCAAUUGGAAUGGGACAAUGACAAUUAAAAAUGACAGAAGUGAUACAGUCUUGGUCGAAACAAUCAAAAAUGUUGUGCCUAGAAUCAUUCCUCCAACAUCGUUUUCGGCUUCACAACCUGUGGCAUUCUAUGCCUACAUGAAUUACUUUUUGCAGUCUAAUAUCACCGCCCACGUGACCCUUACGUUCGACACGGUGAUCAUAAACGAAGGGAAUGGAUAUAGUAAACACGAUGGAGUUUUCAUUGUGCCCGUAACGGGGAUCUAUGCAUUUCAUUGGUCAUUGAAAGUAAAAACAUUUUCAUGGGCAAGUGUCGAAAUAAUUGUAAAUGGACGUUCCAUUGGAUGUGCAUCUUCUGACACACUGCGGAUUGAAGACUACGGCACCGGAAGUGAGUUGGUCGUCACUCACGCUAAUGCAGGCGAUCAUGUAUUCCUGCGCACACAGGAGGCUGUACGUGGAUCUUUUUUCAGUAACAAUCGUGCGCGCUCAUCAUUUUCUGGAUGGCUUUUACAUUGA